UUAUCCUAUUCUACUUUCCAUACCAUGAAAAGGGCUCGGCUGCUACAUUCACUCAAUGAGCUCUUUUGAAAUUUUGCCCUUUAUAAGAUAUGACGCCUAGCAGACAGAUCGAGUCAAAGGAGAGCUGGUACCACCGGCCGACAUGAUUUGGCACGAGACAGUGUAGAAAAGUGAAAGGAGUUCCUGCUUGUCCAUAUUAUACAGCGUAUACCACAAUCGAGCUGAGAUGUUAUCCAAUAAAAUAGCCUGAAGUAUGUACUCCACUGCUCCAACCUUCAACCGAGGAGUGCUCUGAAAAGCUUGAACCAUCCAAGUGAAAGUCUCCGGCAGCUCAAGACUUCCAAGCUCAGGGUUUCAUUCAUUCUAAGAUGAAAUUGAAGCCUGGAAGGAGAAAGCUGUAAGAGGUUUGGGCGCUUGCCGCACCACAUGCACGCAUGAUCCAUUUGGAUCUACCAUAACAGUUUCCUGCGAGGAGGUUGUAGUCUCUUAUUUCACUUCAGCCCACACAGUACCUUUAAGGCUACUUGUGGUCUCCUGGAUGCCUCGAUCUGCAACCUGCAGAAUCCAAAUGGAUCUGAGAGUAAGAGAGGAAGUUCGCUCCCAUUUCCAACUUAGAACAGUGUAGUGAUUGAUACCGGAGAACUCUUGUUACAAAAGGUGAUCAUCGAGAAGAUCUAUCUAGUUGCGAAGGAGAUCAUCCCUGAAAAAAAUUGCAAAAAGGAGAUUGAUGCAGCUGUCUUGCACUGAUCUCCCUUCGUGAGGGCUUCUGUUUUCAAUCAAGCAAAUAGAUUCAGCGUGCACAGACAGUACUUCUGUCUCUGAAAACAAAACAAACAGAGGAUACUUUCAGAAAGUAUGAAGCUAUUAGCUUUUGGUUUAGUCUUAUUGGGGUGCUUACAAGGUUUUGUUACUUGUGACUACCAAGUUACAGCACUGUAUGAAAUCAAGAUGCAUCUCAUUGAUGAUGGUGGUGUCCUACAAGACUGGAAGGAUAAUCAAAUGUCCCCCUGCAAUUGGAGAAAUGUUAUUUGUCAAGACAACAAAGUAAUUAAGAUAACUUUGAGCUCAACAGGAUUAGCCGGAGUCUUGUCACCCAGCAUUGCAGAACUAACAACUUUACAACAGCUGCUAUUGGAUGGCAAUAUGAUAGGUGGUGGAAUUCCUGAGGCGCUUGGGAACGUAUCAAGCUUAACAACUCUAAAUCUAGGAAGAAAUAUUUUUAAUGGUUCCAUACCUGAUUCUCUUGGCCAUCUUCAAAAGCUCCAAACACUGGAUCUAAGCGAAAAUCUCUUAACCGGGGAGAUCCCAAUCUCCCUCUCAAAUCUUUCAUCACUGAAUGAAAUUAAUCUAUCAGGCAACUACCUUAAAGGUGAAAUACCAGAACAACUACUUCAGGUGGUUCAAUACAACUAUACAGGCAACCACUUGAACUGUAGACGAAACUCAACUCCUCCAUGUGAAAAAGGCGCCACUAAGGCAGGGCCUAAAACUAAAAGCAUUCUUUGGGGCUUGGCUGCUGUUUCUUCUCUACUAGCAGUUAUUUUCUGUUUCCUCUUUUGCUUUGGAUUGAUCAAAUUCAGAAGGCUCACAAAAGGUAAAUGGAGCGUAAUGGAUAGAUCAGAGGUGAAUACGCACCGAGGUGAAGAGAUAGUAUGGGACAUAGAAGGGAACAAUCCAGAGUUCACAUUUUACGAAUUUUCACAAGUUUUGGAAGCUACAAAUAAUUUCUCGGUAGAAAAUAAACUUGGACAAGGUGGCUUUGGUCCUGUUUACAAGGGUCAAUUUCCUGAUGGAUUGGAUAUAGCAGUUAAAAGACUUGCUUCACAUUCAGGGCAAGGUCUCACAGAGUUCAAAAAUGAAGUCCAACUCAUAGCCAAACUCCAGCACAGAAAUCUGGUUAGGCUGUUGGGUUGUUGCUCUCAGGGGCAGGAGAAAAUGUUGAUCUAUGAAUAUUUGCUGAAUAAAAGCUUGGAUUUCUUCAUAUUUGAUGAAACAAGAAGAACUUUACUUAAUUGGGACAGACGGCUCGUGAUAAUCGAAGGAAUUGCACAGGGACUUCUGUAUUUGCAUAAACACUCUCGGUUACGAGUCAUACAUAGAGAUGUUAAAGCAAGCAACAUUCUCUUGGACUCUGAAAUGAAUCCAAAGAUUUCAGAUUUUGGACUAGCAAAAAUGUUUAGCUCAAAUGAUAUCGAAGGAAACACACAAAGGGUGGUUGGGACUUAUGGAUAUAUGGCUCCAGAGUAUGCUUCUGAAGGCCUCUUCUCAACAAAAUCUGACGUAUUCAGCUUCGGUGUGCUAAUUCUUGAGAUCAUCACUGGAAAAAGAAACUCAGGUUUCCAUAAGCACGGAAGCUUCCUGAACCUUCUUGGAUAUGCAUGGCAUUUGUGGGAAGAGCGAAGAUGGUUUGCGCUCGUCGAUUCAUCAUUGGCUGCAAGCGGUUGUACAUUAGAGAUGAUGAGGUGCAUCAACAUUGCGUUGCUAUGUGUGCAAGAGAACGCGACCGAUAGGCCCACCAUGUCUGAUGUGGUCGCGAUGCUAAGCAGCAAAAGCGUCUCCCUGCCUGAGCCUAAACACCCAGGAUAUUUCCAUGUAAGGGUUGCAAAAGAAGAGGCCUUCACAAAUGCAGAGUCAUACGGUACCAAUGAUGCGACUAUAUCCACCCCCUACGGUAGAUAGUAUUGAAUGAACAUAUGGUAGAUAGUACUAUUGUAAAUUGUUUCAGAUGUGAAUGUUCGCUAUGACUAUACUUGGCACUGUUCGUGUGACUCAGAGAAAUUUGUGACUUACUAAUGCUACCAGA